AUGUCUGAUUUGGUCUCAAGCAAUCUCAACCCUGGCGGGUGGCUGGAAUUAGUCGAAGUUGACAUUACCCCAUUAUCCGACGAUGGCACUUUGCGACAAGAGCACUCAGUCUCGAGAACGGCACGAUUACUACAGCAGGCUUCAACACUAUACGGACGGCCAUACCAGGACGUCAAGGAGUUGAAAUCAAUCAUGAUGGAGGCUGGAUUCACUGACGUCACCCUCCUGCAUUUCAAGUGGCCUACAAAUACAUGGCCGAGAGAAAUACGACAUAAAGAACUAGGAGUUUGGCAUAACGAAAACCUGGUCAGAGGAUGGGAAGGAAUAUGUAUGGCCCUGCUGACAAGAAUGCUCGGUUGGACAAGGGAGAACGUACUUGCUUUGAUGGAAGAGAAUCUGAAAGAGUUCUCUGACAGGAAUAUCCACGCGUAUUUCUCAAUUUGGUCUAUUUAUGGAAAACGGCCUGUACAAGCAGGAGGCGUUUCUUCGGGGAGCAUUUGA